CGACUGAGUAUUCAUUCAAUACUGCAAUAAUGUGAAAUUAUUUUUGUUAUUAUAUCUAUCAAGAACUUGUGUAGUGAAAAAUAUACCUCGUAGCUUACCUUGAAAACUUUUUGAAAAUGUCAUCUGAAGUCCGUCUAGUCCAGGAGAUUGAGAAAUACGAAUGCCUGUACAACAACAACGUAGCCGAGUACAACAGAAAGGAUCUCACAGACGAAGCGUGGGCGCAUGUCUCGUGCGCCACUCAUUUGACAAUUCCCGAAUGCAAAGAAAAAUGGCGUAACAUACGAAGUUCACUGCUCAGAAGCCUAAAACCAACCGAAAAAGCCAAGAAGCCAUAUUACCUGUCUUCAUACCUCACCUUCGUCUUACCAUUCAUGAAACCGCUCAACGGCUGGGAGUACAAGGAAGACAUCUACAAUCCCACUGCUGGUAAUUCAAAAGAUAACGAAAUACUCAUAUGCGCUGUUAAAUCUGAGGAAGAUUCUCAAAUAAAUAGUGAGGCAUUGAACGAAACGCAGUUCAACGAAGUACAGUUAGAUCCUUUAUUCAGCCCACUAUCACCAGUCAGGCGUAAAAGGAAGAGAAACAUCGACAGUACAUCAAAUCGUAAGAAAACUACUGAUGAAUCAGAUCACAGAGACCAACUGUAUCCUCUCACUCAAGACCCUCCAAGGACCAACUUAGAAUCAAUGCAUUAUUUCCUAAUGAGUCUCAUACCAGAGUUUGAAACAAUGACACAAGAACAGACUAGACUCUUCAAAAUAAAAGUCAUGAUGUUGAUUGAUGACAUAAAAUCAGAUUAUGAUCAUGUGAAACAAACUACCACGACAUCUUCGGAAACGAAUCGUCUCAAUAAGCGGCUUGUAAAUUUACUAAUAAAGAAUCUUGAAAAGAAAACUUGAAGGUGCCAUUUCAAAUUCACGAUUUUUUAACUAAUUUGACAAUUUCAAAAGUGGUACCAUACUUAUUUACGUUUGUGUGAGAUGGUGCUACUUUAA